AUGUGGAUCCUGGACGCGGACGGAGAUUUUUUAGGAGGGAAACGUGUGUGGCUACGGCCGGGAAAGAAGUACCUGUUCGGGCGUACUUAUCAAGAUGGAGUACGCCAUGCGGUUCAGCAUUCAUCGAUUUCUAGGAAACACAUGAUAAUCGAGGUCUCCCCUGUGAAACCUGAUGAUUGUCGUCAUAUCCAUACUAAAUCCGAGCUUCGAGUGACUGACCUAGACUCAAAAUGCGGUACGGUAGUCGACGGAGAGCGCAUCCAUGGGGAUAGCAGAACGUUGGGUGGCGAGCAGCAUACGCUCAUGUUGGGAAGGUUUGCGAAGCCAUUGAGGAUCAACUGGCAUUCAGUCGUUCUUAGCUUCUCAUUUACAGGCAAGGAACUCAAAGCGGGCGAUCCUUUGGCCAACGUUUCUUCUCGCCUUGGAGAUUUCGAUAUCAAGACGGUCAUCCCAUAUAUAGUCGACAAAACCACCCACGUUGUCCAGAAGAAGCGAAAUACAGCCAAAGGACUACAGGCGCUGAUAAAUGGAAAAUAUAUCGUGCAGGACUCGUAUUUGGAUGCGCUCGUCUACGCAGCGACACCGAGCGACCUGGAGAACAUGGAAUCAUUGUCUCCCUUGGAGACUGACUUUGAUUCUGCUUGGCCGGAUCCGACAGAUUACCUCCCGCCUCCUGGAAGGGAGCCGAUUCCCAGGCCUGCAGAGGCAUUCUCGCCGAAUCCUGAUAGGAUUAAUGUCUUUGAGGGGUAUACCUUUGUUUUUGGUGAUGCUUCACAAUACGAGACUCUCCGUGACCCGAUAAACAACGGUCAUGGCAAAGCAUUGCUCUAUGAAAUCGAGAGAGGAGUAACUACAGCCGAAGACAUUGUACAGUUUAUGCGAAAUGCUGCUGGCCAGAAAGGAGUAGGUGGUGAGAGAGACGAACAAGGGGGAGUGGUACUUGUUCGAUUUCGUGCAAGGGGCUCCUGGGAGAUCGAUCUGGCUGAUGGGGUUGCUCAAAUCACCGAUCAACGUGUUAUCGAACAAAGUGAAUUUCUUGACGCUAUCCUCGAAAAUGAUGCAUCUCCCUUGUGCCGGCCUCUCCCUCGACCCGAACCGAGCCAGGUCUCCGAAUCGGUGCCAGCGCUAGAACCUAUGCGUCUCACUAACCAAGAUUCCCAGCAGUCCAGGUCGUUGUUGCAUCUAGCUGAACCGAGUGAGCCAGAGCCAGCCCAACUGGAGCCAUCUCAGCCGAAGUCGUCGCAGCAAGAGCCUAGUCAACUUGCCCAAACUCACAGUAGACGCCCCAAGGCUCGCAACUUCGUGAGCAAAGUUCAAGCCUUCGAUGAUGGGUUCGAUUUCGAUUCAAUACCACUACAUCCAGUAGAGACAGGUCAUAAUUCACAAUAUCAACCGGGGCCUAUGGAGAUAGAGCCAGCUUUGGAACAUCACACCCAGUCGGCACCUGAGACACGUAUAGCGGAAGAAGAAGACGUGGUAUCUGACCUCUUGCCUGGAGCCAAUGCUAUGAAACGCCGCCGGGCAGAAAUGGGUCAGCACCGACGUGGCGAUUCGCAAGUGCAACCAGAGCCGGAAGAACCCCCCAAGCCCAAACGACAGAAACUGGACCUGAUAGAGGAAGCUCGAAAACAUCGCGACGAAAACGAGGAGGCCCAGCAGCAGCGACGCCAGGAAGAGGAAUCCGCAUUGCAAGCAACUCUCAAGGACAUGAGUAUCGACGAGAUGAAAGCUUUGGCGGUGGUCGAGGAAAUAGAAGUUCCAGUUCGGGGGCCUCGACCCCGGAUGGUGGAAGACGAGGGCCGGUGGGACGAGCGAUGGAAUGGCCGGAAGAACUUCAAAAAGUUUCGGCGGAAAGGGGAGUCACAUCUGCCACACCGGCGUAUGCAAGCUGUCAUCGUUCCCCUGGAGGAAGUCGGGCGGAAAGAUUUCGGGGUUGGCGAGCGAUACUGGGUUGGAAACAAAACGUCACAGAAUGACAGCCUGAGGGAAAGCCAGCGGGAGUCCUUGAACAGUCCGGAGGAUGCGGGUCUCGAUCCAGGAAUGGCCUCCUCGUCUCAGCGCUUGGCUCCGACUGAAAGUAUGCUGGAAGCAUCUCAAGCAACGUCCGUGUCCAGACGCGCUAAGAGACUGCGCGAAGUGCGUGAUUCGGACAGUGACGAUGAACUCCGCUUCCGGUUCCGGUUCCGACGGAGAAGGUAG